UUUCUGAAAGUCAUAAUAGUUGUAUUCGGAUAAAAUGGAGUUUGGCAUGUAAUAAUACAAAUGUACUUGUUUGCCUUAUGUUAUUGGCUUUACACAGAUCUUUAGAUUUAACGAUAUGUGAUUUUUUGUAAAGAUGUACUUCCCAGUCGGCUGGCCCAAGCGCAUCAGCUUCGCCCUUCCUGGCGAGAGUGCACACAUUCGUCACAUUUGCUGCGAUGCAGUAAAGAUUCUGGUUGCUGCGAUAGGCGACGAUUUUUUGGGCAUUUGGUACGCCAACCCACUCAUACCUAUUGCCUAUUUUAGACGAAAUGGCCAAUCACUGCAGAAUUACGGCACCAAUAAUUUAAUUAUCUGGAAGCCGGAUUCACGGCAACUGGCUUUAUUAACUAGUGAAGGUGCUUUGCUGCUCUAUCAACUGGACUUCGAUGCUAAUGGGAGCGGUAUACUAAUGCAAGUAGACCCGCCCACGGUGAGUCUUAAACGCGACUCUGCCGAACUUUUCAUCAAGGAAAACAUACCGCGCCUGAGUCUGCGUGAGAUAUGUAGUGUUACGCUUGCCUCAGUCAUUUCCACGGCGUGCUGCAUCAGCCUCAGUGAGUUGUUGCUGGCCACGCAGUCUUGUGAACUGUUGCGUGUUCAAUGGAUACAACUAGAGUCUGGAACGGGCCUUCAAGAGAGUGCUUUGGCCACCAUAAAUCUGCAUGACAUUCCCUUUUACGUACAGCAGCAGGCGCAUACGAAAUUUCAACCACCUAUUGGCACAGAUGCCUAUAUAGCUUCUCUGGAAUAUUCGCCGUUUAUCGGUGGUUGUGCGGCAGUAUUUAGUGAUCGCCGUGCGGCCUUUCUUAUCGCCAAUCAUCUCCGUUUUGAAAACGCGCACAUGCACGGCUGUUGGGUACCAGAUGUGGAAGAUGCAUGUGUAUGCAGUGUCAAUCACAAGUUUCGAUUGCUUGCCUACGGACGGAAGAGCUCCGAUGUCGCGGUGUAUGCCAUAGAGGACGCCACAGGUGUACUGGAGUGCUCGCAUCGCUUGACUCUUAACGAGAAUGUGCUUCCUGGCUGCCUAGGAUCUGUUAAUGAGCUUAAGUGGAGUCCAGACGGCUGUGUUCUAGCUGUCUGUUGGGAAAACGGUGGCCUGGCCCUGUGGAGUACUUUCGGUGCUAUGCUCAUGUCCUCGCUGAGUUGGGAUUUUGGCCUGCAUAUAGAUUUGCUAAAGCAAAAUCCGCUGCAGUUGCGCCGCUUGGAAUGGUCAACUGAGGGCUACCAGCUGUUUAUGACAGAAAAGCCCCGUGGCGACAGCAACGUGCUACAAAUGCAGUUUGUGAAGAGUGCGCUUAGCAUUAAUCCUUGUCAGACGUCCACUUCGCAUAUAUUGCUUCAAGGCGACGACUAUCUUUACAUAAAUCAAGGCAACAAUCUCGAAAAGACGUACGGAGGCGCAAAAAGCUCUUUUCCCAACAAUAACACCGACCAAACACAGCCAAAUGACUGCAUAGAACUCAAGCAGAGCCUUGAUAUUGCCAGCAUUUUGGCAGAGAGCAAGUACUGGACACUGCUGCAGAUACCCUUGAACUAUGCGGCCACUAAUUGGCCCAUACGCUAUGCAGCAAUUGAUGCUUUAGGAUUGCACCUGGCUGUAGCUGGACGGACGGGUUUGGCCCACUACUCAAUUCAUAGUAAGAAAUGGAAGCUUUUUGGAAAUGAGUCGCAAGAGAAAGACUUUGUUGUCUCUGGUGGAUUGCUCUGGUGGCAAAGCUUUAUAGUAAUGGGCUGUUAUUCUCUGCUAGAUCGCACGGACGAAUUACGCUGCUAUCCAGCAGAGUACAAGCUUGACAACCAAUUUGGUCACAAGUUGCAGGUGCGCGCACCCGUGAUAAGUCUAAAUGUAUUUCGACAUCAACUUAUCUUGCUGACAGCCGAUGGCAUCGUUAGUCUAUUUAACCUAACGAAGAAGUCGACAUAUGCCCUGGACAUUGAGUGCGUCUACGAGCUGGAUGUAAAGAGCAUAUGUAUACAUCCCGCUUGUAUUGUCUCCCUUACUGUGACAAAUCUUAAAAACGAAACGAAGCCGCCUGGUCAGAUGCUAGGCUCAGAUCAAGCGGAAACUAUAAUUGUUAAUGUGUGUGGACGUAUUUUGAUGAUUCAACGCGAUGCUUACCAUAAUGUACCCAAUACUCUGCUUGCCACCUGUCUUGCUUCAUGUGUUGAGUGUUUUUGGCUGUCGCAUACUCUUGAGAACUGCGCAAUGCGCGACUGUCUUUGGCUCUAUGCUGGUGCUCAGGGCAUGCGGGUGUGGCUGCCGAUCCUGCCGCCUGCGCAGGAACGUCUUGAGCAAGGUGCCAGUACGCAACGCCUGCACAGUUUCAUGUCCAAGCGCAUAAUGCUCAGUUUUCCACUGCGGCUUUACCCGUUGGUCAUACUCUUUGACAAUGUCAUUGUACUUGGCGUCGAGAAUGAAAGCACGAUAUACACUAACGAGUCAGCUUCGCACUUUUCACUGCCCUUUUCGCUUAUCGAACGAAAGUCACAAGUUUAUCUGCACAAGGUGCUGCGCCAGUUGAUCAAGCGAAAUCUAGGAUAUUCCGCAUGGGAAAUUGCUCAAUCCUGCCGUUCGCUACCAUAUUUCCCACAUGCUCUGGAGCUACUACUACACGAAGUCCUAGAGGAAGAGGCGACCAGUAAACACCCUAUUCCGGAUGCACAACUGCCCAGCAUACUAGACUUUAUACGUGAGUUUCCCGUGUACCUGCAAACUAUUGUGCAAUGUGCCCGCAAGACGGAAAUCGCGCUAUGGCCAUACCUCUUCUCCAUGGCUGGUAAGCCAAAGGAGCUUUUCCAGCUAUGCCUGCAAUCGGAUCAGCUAGAUACAGCGGCUAGUUAUUUGAUCAUUCUCCAGAAUUUGGAACCUUCAAUGGUGAGUAAGCAAUACGCUAAAAUGUUGCUGGACAUUGCACUGCAGCAACGAAAAUGGGAGCUAGCCAAGGAUCUCAUACGUUUCCUUAAGGCUAUAGAUCCAAACGAAAUAGAAUCACCUCGCUCGUCAAUGGUGGUUAAUGUUAAAAUUGCUCCACCAGCUCAAACACAAGCUCAGGUUAAUCAAAACACGGAUGUUUUCAAUUUGGUUCUGGGACCAAUUGGACGAGAACGUAGCUAUUCGACUACUGUUAACAGCAAUUUACCCCUUUCGAAGGAGCGAGAGAAACGUGAAAAGCAAACCCCAUUGCAGACGAGUGGAAGCAGUACCCGCGACAUAUCCUCUGUAACUAUAGGCACGCCUAAUGACACAGGCGCUCCACCAAGUGUUCUCAGUGGAAGUCAGGGCGCACCAACUGUUGCGCGCCGAAAAUCGGAGCGCAGAAUUUCUACAAGGGAUCGACAGCGAGAGACGUUUUGCAUUGACCUUAUACUCCAGCGACAUGCUCGUCAUCUACUGCAGCAGCACAAGCUUAUCGACCUUGGAUAUAUGUGCGCUUAUCUAGAUUUUCACUUGGUAAGCUGGCUGUCACAGGAAGUGGAGCACGCAGCUAAGGUGGAUGACUUUGUGCUGGCGAUACAGACGCUACACGAGGAGCUGCAGCUCCCGUCGCCAUUUCCACCGGGGAAAGAUGACUAUACUCAAUUCCGUGGGACGCGACCGGGCAGUUCAUCACAAACAUCCGAGUCGGGAUACUUUAGUGUUGCCGCACAUUUGGACACACCGACUAGUCUCCCCAAUGGUAAUGCCGCGCAAUCGCCGCAGAUGCCACCGAGUAUCAAGGAAGAGGAGGAGUUGCACUAUAUCUCACUACCAGUAACGGACCGACGUUCAAACUCACAGAUGUCUUUCGACAAUUUUUGCUAUCGGCGUCUUUACUCGCUAGCAGUCUCCGAUGAUGAUACUAACGAAGGUUUGGUAGGCGCAUUUUAUCUACCGGAGAAGUUGAACAUUAAACUUCGAUAUUUGCUGCAGUUAUUUAUUGAGGCCAAUUGUACAGAUUAUGCUUUGGUGCUGUCAAUAUUGCUACAAGAUGCAGCGUCUAUAGGCCGUAUUGUAAAUGUGGUAAUACGUGCCGAAUCCGUACAAACAUGCAAACGCAUUGAGACAGCGCUAAAAAAUCUUAUGAAGUGGACCUUUGAACAUGGUGCUUCCGUUUAUUACCCUUUUAUAACGACACUACAGCCUCACAUCUUUCUGCUGGAACAGUAUAUACAUUCAUUACGUUCUGUGGUGGAUUCAGCGCACGAAGAAAGCGGCGAAGGCUUGGCUUCAGAUGUGUCGACAACACUGGACAACGACGCAUUAGACGGCGCUCUUAAGUUUGGUAUAAAAAGUCAACAAGCGAAUGGUAACUGGACGCCUGAGCAGCUACCUUCGCAUCCGCGAUUAGCGCGGCACCUCUCCCUGGAUUCAAAUAGCAUCCAGCCAUAUACCCCAAUGGCGCAGAGCUCGCCUGCGCAACUGCAAAAGCAAGGUCGAGGCAAAGAUCGGGAAGGCGCCUGUAUGGUCAUGUAAUGCGUACUCAAUGCAACUACGUAAUUGUAUUUUGUAAUUUGUGGUGUUUUGUUGUAAUAAUUGUUGAACUGGUUAAGCACACAACGAAAAUGCCGUCGCCGACGUAAAAAAUGUUUGUAUCAAAUUGUGUACGUAAAUUUAUAUAGAAGACAUUUUCUGCAAUAUUGUUAAUAAAAAUAUACAAUCAUAUUUUUCUAAUGAAAAGAUCA